GAAAUGGGCUCGUUUCGACGCCCAUUUUUGUGGACGAUAUAUAGCAACAGGCUAAAGCAAUUUUAACCAUUCCGAUAUAAAAAUAAUUUAAAAAUCAAUCAAGUUCGUGGAUAAAGAACUCUGUCAUCCUUCUGUAAGGUGCUGCAGACAUGGAGAACGAAUCCUACGUGAUCCAGAUGAACGGGAACGGCGUGCAUCACGUCAGCGUGAACGGGAGCUUCUGCCCAGCGAAGCUGAAGAGCCGCAUUCCCAGGUGGAACAUCAGAGCCUCCGAAAUGUCCAAGAGAACUUUAAACCCCAUCAGAGCCAUUGUGGACGGCAUGAAAAUCCAGCCCAACCCCAAUAAACAAAUGAUUGCUUUGUCAAUAGGUGACCCAACUGUAUUCGGGAACCUGCCCACAGAUGAUGAAGUGCUGAUAGCCAUGACAGAGGCCAUCACCUCACAGAAGUUCAAUGGUUAUGCGCCUUCAAUAGGGUACCAGAGCAGUCGAGAGGCAGUUGCCAAUUUCUAUAGCUGCCCAGAGGCACUCUUGGAGGCUAAGGAUGUCAUCCUGACCAGUGGCUGCAGUCAAGCCAUUGAGCUGUCUAUUGGGGUCCUGUGUAACCCUGGCCAAAACAUUCUGGUACCCUGUCCUGGUUUCUCUCUCUAUAAGACUUUGGCGGUGUCCAUGGGGAUUGAGGUGAAGCUCUACAAUUUGCUGCCUGAAAAAUCUUGGGAAGUUGACUUGAAGCACCUGGAGUCACUCAUUGAUGACAAGACAGCCUGCAUCAUUGUAAACAACCCAUCUAACCCCUGUGGUUCUGUCUUCAGUAAAUCCCACAUUCAGAAGAUCCUUGCAGUUGCUUCCAGACACUGUGUCCCAAUACUGGCUGAUGAAAUCUAUGGUGACAUGGUUUUCCCAGGAUGCACGUUCCACGCCAUGGCCCCUCUGAGUGCCGACGUGCCCAUCCUGUCCUGCGGAGGGCUGGCCAAGCGGUGGCUGGUCCCGGGCUGGAGGCUGGGCUGGAUCCUCAUUCAUGACCGCAGUAACGCCUUCGGGUCCGAGAUAAGAGAAGGUUUGGUCAAGCUCACCCAGAGGAUUCUGGGACCGUGCACAGUUGUCCAAGGUGCCCUGGAGAGUAUCCUGAACAAAACAUCUCAGGAAUUCUAUGACAGCACCAUCAGCUUCCUGAAAUCCAAUUCUGACAUCUGUUACAAUGCACUUUCCACUGUUCCUGGCCUGACUCCAAUAAAACCAUCAGGGGCCAUGUAUAUAAUGGUGGGGAUUGAUAUGGAGCGUUUCCCGGAGUUCAAGAAUGACGUGGAGUUCACCGAGAGACUAGUGACGGAGCAGUCGGUCUUCUGUCUCCCUGCAACACCUUUCGAGUACCCAGACUACUUCCGCAUCGUGGUGACGGUCCCGGAGGAGAUGAUGGUGGAGGCUUGCAACCGGAUCCGGGAAUUCUGUGAGCAGCACUACGACCAGCAGAUCCCGGACCUGCAAGACCUGGAGUGCGACAAGUGAGCCCCCAGAUCAGGGAUGGAGAACUGUAACUAACCGGGCCGAAGCGAACUGGUUUCCCAUUUCCCCUUUGACACUUCUAGAACACAAGCUCAGCCAUUUUGUUGAUAUCCAUGUAGAGGACAGACUUUCAAUGAAUAAAAAUAGCCAUACAGCAUCCGCAAGAGCCUGUGGCCAGAUGCAGAUACACCAGAAUUCAGUUGUCCUGUCCUUAGAGGCUGCUACUGUUCAACCACUGCUGCCACCAAAUGCUUGUGAUAGCAGCCAUUCAUGUUGAACUCUAUAUUUUAAUCAAAACACUCUUGAGUUGUAUUUAUAUGGCAUUAGUCUACUUAGACAUUUUUUGUAACCUUACUUGUUUGCUGGCUUUAUAUGUAUAAUACUCUGUCUGUUUCAUUCAUUCAGUAUUUAUGUCUGUAACCUUUAAAACAAUAAUGCACAUCCAGUCCAAUAUGGUAACUCCUACAUUCCAAUGGGACAAACCAGUUUCUGAUUUAAUAUCUUUCUGACUUUAUUGGCAGGUGAAAGACACCGAGCUUUAUUAAAUGGUGUCUACUUGAGUCAGAGAGAAGCAAAAUCUCAUAAUGAACAGACAAGGCUUUGAAAAUGAUGUGUAUUCUCUGCAUGUUAUAAUCCUCUGUCCAAGAAAAGUUUAUUAGAACGUAUUUAACAUUAAUAAGUAGUUGCCUGAAUGCUUUGAAAGCCUUAUUAAUAUCUUUUUAAAACAAAUAUCUGUGAUGUUUUUAUUUCUCACAUUUAAGUAGCCUGUUUUUUCUACUGCAUCAUCUGUCUGCAAUUGAGUAGUUAGACGCACCAUGACAAACUGUUAAAUUACCAUGAAGCCAAUGCCAAAAGUGUACAAAAUAGUAUGUCACAGUUUUAGUUGAAUGUUUUUUUACUGAAAAAACUAUUUAAACAAUUAAAAAUGUAUAUCAUUUAAAGUCUGUAGCUUGAACUAUUAAUUUAGGCCACAUCCUGGCCUUGUUUUAAGACUAUUAUCUUGCUCCCUUAUUAAAGACUGUUGCAAGAG